CGAUUAUGGCUCAGUGCAAAUGGUGCAACCCAUGGCCAAGCUGACGCAAUGGCACUCGCUGGUCGUGGGACUCUGGGCGGCCACUUCCUGCGGCUUCGCCUACACAUUCUCCAACUUCUCGACGGCGCUCGAGUACAAGUUUAACCUCUCGGCGGCGGAUCUUGACACCAUCGGCAUUGCCACGCUCGCAACUGGCUGCGUCACCUUCAGCACUGGCAUUCUGGUCGACCGCAUCGGAGCCCGAUCGGGCAUGCUUCUGGGUGGCCUCAUGAACGCGAUCUCCUGGUUCGUCUACGGGCUGGUAGCUACCGAGAGGGUGCGAAUCCCCGCGGAGGCACGCGUGUUCGCCUUCACCUCGCUGGGCGUAUUCGCCACCCUCGGAGCCGCGACCGUCACCGGGGCCGUCUUCGGGACCAUCGUGAAGAGCUUCCUGCCCCAUGAGGGGCAGAGCGCGGCCGUCGGCGUGGCCAAGGCCUGGGUGGGCCUGGCCUCUGGAUUCACCGCGACCGUCUUCCUGGGCGUCUGCCCCACCAGCGACGCAGACCCUGGGCGCCUGAACUACCUCUUCUUCCUCUCCGGCGCCGUGGUGCUCUUCGCGCUGCUGCCGCUGCCCUGCCUCCACGUCCCCCCGGAGCCCUCGGGGGACGGGGGCGCCGAGCCCUCGGGCGCGCACGACGGGCUCUGCGUCCCGCGCCAGCACCGCCUCCGCCUCCUGCUGGGCACCACCCUGGCGCUGCUCGGCGCGACGGUCGCCUCCGUCCUCUGCGCGCGGGGCGCGCCGCGGCCCGCGCAGCGCGCGCUGCUCCUGGCCCUGGCCGCGCUCCCCGGGUGCCUGCUCCUGCCCGGGCGGGGCCCCGCCGCGCAGGGGGAGCUGGAGCUGCCCCUGGAGGCGCGAGGGCCCGCAGCGGAGGCGGGCCGCCCCGCGGCGGCGGGCCCGCGCGCGGGCGCCGGCCCGGCGGCCCUGCCGCGGAGCCCGUGGGAGUGCAGCCUCCAGGAGCUGGUCUGGCGGCCGAGCGCGUGGCUGCUCUGGCUCGCCGUCUUCGCCGUCCAGGCCGGCGGCGCGGUGCUCCUCACCAACUUGGGGCUCAUCACGCAGUCGAGGGCGGGCCCGCGGGCCUCGGCGAUCUCCGCGAGCGCCGUGUUUUCGUGCGCGCAGAGCCUGGGCCGGCUCACAGCUGGCCCACUGUCGGAUGCUCCAUGCGGAUGCGAUUCGCCCGACCGUGGUGCUUCGUGCCCGUGCUGGCGCUCAUGGCCGCGGGGCACGGCGCGCUUUGCCUCCCGGGCCCUGUGCCGCUGUAUCUGGGUGUGGCGCUAG